ACACGACCGCUCCGCACGCACUCCCCCCACCCCGCUCGCUCGUCCUCGUCCUAUUCGUCCUCAUCCCAUUCUGUCAAAUUUCUUCGUACAGUGAUCGCGUAUGUUUCGUCGUCAGCUAUUUGGAUCAAUGAUUUUGUAUUUGUUAUGAUCAGUGACCAUACUUCGAAUAACAACAUCGACGGCUAUAUACGAUCGUGUAAAGACAAGGUUAAAGUGACGGUGGCCAAGUGUUGUUGCGUAAAUAAUUGAGCAACCGGCGGUCGUAUCCACGACGAAAUGAACCGCUUUUUCGCAAAAUAGUCUAGAUAAAGUCUAGAGUGGUGUGUGACAGUGCGGGACCGAUGCGUAUUUUACGCCCUUGCUUUAUUUUAUUGCUAUUUAGUGAUCGAGAGUGACAAUCAUGGGGUCCACGGGGCUGACUUUGGCAGAUUUACCAAACAUUUUUAUAAUGCUAGGUGCUUUAGUUGCUUUGUUCGUGAUGCUAGUCAUACUUCUUAGGAACAUGGAAGUGAUCGGCAUAGUGGGCGAGGGCGGCGAGGCGCGCGGGCGGGCGUGGGCGCGCAGCAUGCCGCCCCCGCGCGUGCUCAUGCAGCGCGUGCACAUACCCUUCACCUUCAAGCUGGUCGAGAACCUGCCCGUCUCUUACUCGGGCGUGGAGUGUGUGGUGUCGUCUCGCGUGCGCUACUGGCGUGCGAGCUGGUGGGGCGCGCCCGUGCGCGACCUGCACCUCGCGCUGUGGGCCGCACUGCCCGACAUCCUCGCCUGCGACCACCUCAGCUUCGAAAAAUUCGGUCCGCACGAGGAGCGGCGCGUGCGGCUGGCCACGGAGAAGCCGCCCGCGCUGGGUGCUCCGCCCCGCUCCCGCUACCCCCUGGUGGUGGUGCUGGCGCGCGACUUGCGCGACACGCACCGUCUGCGCCCCGACGACACGGUGGCGCUCGUGAGCGUGGUGCACAUCCGCGACGAGCAGUGCGCGCUGCCCAGCGGCGUCAUCGCGCAGUACCUCAAGCAGGCCAACGGCCACCUCUCCUGCCUCAAGCAACUGUACGUGUCGGGCGAGGUGGGCCCUGUGGGCGCGCUGGACGCCGUGGACGCGCUGGACGCGGUGGACGCGAUGGACGCGGGCGAGUGCGCGCUGUGCUGCGUGUGCGCGUCCGCCCCGCUGUCGCGCGCGCUGCUGCCGUGCCGACACGCCUGCCUGUGCGCGCGCUGCCUGCCGAAGCUGGAGAAGUGCCCCAUCUGCCGCAGCGACAUCACCAGCUACUUCUGUCUGCGCAACGAGGAGGAGCCGCACGCGGACCGCAAGCCGCGCCUCGCGCUCAACCGCCGCCUGCUCGACCUCUUCCACUACCACUAGCCGGACCUUGUUGUGGUGUGUGUGAGGUGCGGCACAAAGACAUUAGUGUACGUUGUUGUGAGGAGCAGUCCGCGGGCCCCGCAGCGCCCUGCGCGGGCCAAAUUAUUUGUGAUAUUUUUUUGCCGACCGACCGACUGGUUAUUUAUUCGAUUGUGCAAUAAAAUCCGCAGUCACCACUGACACUUACCGAUCACUGGACUUUCCUUGAGGUCCUCCAGCCCCGCCCCGAGCCCCGCCCCGAGCCCCGCCCCCGGCCCCGUGUUAUGUAUGAACAAAAUGAGCUAUUCUGUGAUUUAACACAUUCAUAUCAUAGUUAGCUCAAAAAACCUUGUGGUGAAUAAAUACUUUAGAAACCACU